AUGUCUCCAACAAAAUCCAGGAAUAAAUCCAAAAAACUCGCCGGGAAUUCUGCCAGACCACCGCAAAACAAUGUGGCAACCAACCCGAAGAAAAGCGGCUGCUCCGACCCGACUCCCGGAUUGGAGAUUCUCUCAUCGUCGCCGGAUUCUUCCUCCUCGCCCGACCAUGAAAAUUCGGGCAGCCCAAUCGGGGCACUGCUGCUGGGCUCCGAACCCGAUUCGGUUUCCAACAACGGCAGCUGCUACUCCGGCGAGGAAGACCCAAAAGAAGUAACCAAAACGACCGCGACCCGGCUGCCGGACAACCUCCACGUCACCGUCUCCGGUCUGGACAGCGACCGGCGGGAAAAAAUCCGGCUGAAGAACGAGAAGAAGCACGCCAGACAGAGGGAGCGGCGAGCACAAGAGCUCCACGAACGCUGCUGUGGGUUCCUGAUGUCGAGGAAGCUCGAAUCCCUCUCGCAGCAGAUCGUGGCGAUGGGAUUCUCCAAAGAUCGUGCCACAAUGGCGCUCAUGAUGAACGAUGGGAAGGUAGAGGAGUCCGUGAAUUGGCUUUUCGAAGGCAACGGCGAUGAUAACGGCGAUCAAGGCGAUAAGGACGACGGAGAAAGUAGUAUCCCCGAAAAGAGGAAUUUAGGGUUGAAGAUUGAAAUCAGCGACGAGCUUGCUGAGAUUGCAGCUCUGGAGGUUCGAUUCAAAUGUUCUAAACAAGAAAUUGAAAGGGCAGUUGUGAAUUGUGAAGGGGAUCUCGCGAAAGCAACAGAGGUUCUGGCUUCCCAGAAACCAGAGCAGCCGACUCCUCCUCCUCCGCCGCCGCUGCCACCACAAGCGAAUUUCGAGCUCGGCGUCGAUGUCGCCGCGGUUCCCCGGCAGAGGAUGAUCCAUUAUUCGGACCCUGUCAACAGAAACUUUCAGAAUCAGAGGUGGGGGAAUCAUGGCUAUGGAUACAACAACCCAUCACUAUUUCAAUCACCAAAAUUUCAGCAACAGCAUUCACAGUUCAUGAAUUCCAAUCAAUACCCAGUUCAGAACUCAAACACUUAUUCUUCAACGGCGAGAUGGUAUUCCAGUAAUGUUCCUUUCCAAAACCAUAAUCACCAUCACCUCCACCACCGUCCAUCGUCGUACAAAGAAACCCCAUUUCUGUUCAGCGGCCCAAACCCAAUGGAAGCUUCGGCAGGAACUAGAAUGGGUGGUGGUAGUAGUAGAUCAUCAGAGUAUCAGAGUUUUCCAUCUUCCAGUAAUUUGCCAUCACUAGCAGCUCCAUCUUCGCUUGGACUGUUUGAUAGCUGGGGAUCACCAACUUCACAGGUUGAUUGGAACAGUGGAGGUUUGAUGCCUAAUUUCGAUUAUACGAGCAUAGAUUGGAGUCUGGAUUCAAGAUUGCUGCCUUCCAAGUCAAGGAGAAUGUGGCUGGGGCUCUCCUCGUUGUUGAUUAGCAAUGGUUCUUCGGCCAGCGGGAAUGGAGGUAUGGAAGCACCAUCUUCUGCGCCAGGAUUGCGUGAUUGGACCUCUCCUUUUGCACAGAAGGAUAUGUUCAGCUUGUCUAGACAAUUUGUUACCUCUCCUUCUCUUUAA